AUGAUAGGGAAACGCUAUAUAGCUCUCAGCAAGCUGUACCUGUUAGCUGAAUCCAAUGACUGCGGGCCACUCAAGAACCCAAAGCUGGACGAUGUUUUGGCAUUUUCCAGUUUCGAGCAUUUGGAUCAUCUGGCAUCAACCUACCAGCAGAGGAAGAACAAAACCCUGACCGCUGCAUUCAAGAGAUGGUGCUCGGAUGAGUCCAUUGUAGAUGUCUACAGCCGGGUAUGGGUCGGGCCAAUAAUUGUACCCGAGUGCUUGUUUAGAGGACCCGACUGUUUAGUUAUAUUAUUUUAUCCAUCUGAUAAUUUUGCAGAUGACUGCGGGCCACUCAAGAACCCAAAGCUGGACGAUGUUUUGGCAUUUUCCAGUUUCGAGCAUUUGGAUCAUCUGGCAUCAACCUACCAGCAGAGGAAGAACAAAACCCUGACCGCUGCAUUCAAGAGAUGGUGCUCGGAUGAGUCCAUUGUAGAUGUCUACACAACAAUAAUUGACUAUGCAGUUGAUUCGGCCAAAUUCUUUGCCAAAGAAAUCCACGAUGCUGUCAUUGGGCUGGGAACAGACGAUCGCACAAUCAUUCGCAUCAUCGUUGGAAGACAUGAGAAGAAUCUGGACAGAAUCAAGAAUGUGUACAAUGUCAUGUACGACACCAAGCUGUCAUCUUCAAUUGCGAUGAGUUCUUGAAUAAAAUAUUCUGCU